AUGUUCUGUAGAGAAACCAGUUUCUCCUCCCUUGAUAAUUACUGGUGUGAAUGGGUUAGCGUUUAGGCUGAAGGUCAGACGUUAUUAAAAUGAAUGUAUGAUGCUUUUCGUGGGUGUUGGUUUUAUUAGUGACAUUUUUAGCUGUUAUUUAGUAAGAAAAUUGUAGGUGGGUCCUACCUUAUUGGGCAGUGCAGUAUAAAUAAGAAGAGUCCUGCAGGAAUUUAGGAAUUAUUGGAGGAACACUGCAGGAACACUGAGUUCAGGAACCCGAUUUGGAUUGAAAGCAGCAUCAGGAUGAAGUGGUUGAUUUUCUGUGUGAUCCUGAUUGGAUCUGGAACCCUGCAGGCAUCAUCAGUCAAGAAAUGUUACACUGAGUGGUUUGACUGGGACGACUCCAUGCCUGACAAUGAUGAUAUGUCUGGAGAUUAUGAAACCCUGUUUGAGGUGAAAGUAAGAGCUGCAGACAAGAUCUGCAGCAGUCCUUCAUCAGUUCAGGCACAGACCCUUGACGGCGUCUCGGCUGAAACCACCGGGCAAAAUUUCGCUUUCUAUGAUACGACCACUGGGUUUAUCUGUCUGAAUCAUCAACAGAAGGACAAAAAGUGUUUGGACUACAAGGUUCGGUUUGAGUGUCCAUGCCCCUGGCCUUGAGUGCACCAACCAAUCAGCUUACAGAAUAAAUCUAAAUAUUUAAUGUCUGUAAUUAAAUCUUUAUUUUUCAUUCAUGCCUGAUUUCCUUUGAAAAAACU